CACGCCUUUCUUUCCGUUUCGCUUCAUCUUCGAUCCAUCCCUCAAUUUCUCCGGCCAUUAAUCUCUUGCCUCCCAUUUUAUAAGCCCGGCGUUGUUCGUUAGAGUUCGGGAAUUGGAAUGAUCGAAGAAGAACACAGAAAAAAGCCGGCUUUGUUUACAGAGACGGCUACCGGCGACAUGGCGGCUCAUCAUUCCAAUCCCACCGGCUCUUCAUCCUCCACCGACGAGGACUUCAACGUCAGAAACAGCAGCUACACCGGCUUCGAGCCCAACCGCCUCAGCGGCGAGGGGUCUCCGAUGAUGAUGUCACCGUGGAACCAAUGCACCCCGUUCGAGAAUUCCCCGUGGGAUGAGAACAACGUUAAUGGCGGUUUCCAGAAGCUUCCACAGAACGGCCUCGUUUGUUCUCUGGUCCGGGAAGAAGGACAUAUUUAUUCUCUGGCGGCUCGGGAGGGGAUUCUUUACACCGGGUCGGACAGCAAGAAUAUUCGGGUUUGGAAGGAGAUGAAGGAAUUUGGGGCGUUUAAGUCUAAUAGUGGGCUCGUGAAGGCGAUUAUAAUCUCUGGGGAAAAGAUUUUUACGGGUCACCAGGACGGGAAAGUUCGGGUUUGGAAGGUUAAUCCUAAGAAUCCGUCUGUUCAUAAACGCGCCGGGACAUUUCCGACGUUUUUCGAUAUUUUUAAGGCUUCGAUUAAGCCUAGUAACUACGUGGAGGUGAAACGGAACCGGACGGCGUUAUGGAUUAAACACUGCGACGCUAUUUCGUGCCUGAGUAUGGACCCGAAGGAAGAGCUUUUAUACUCUGCUUCGUGGGACAGGACUUUUAAGGUGUGGAAGGCGAGUAACUCCAAAUGCCUUGAAUCCGUUAAGGCUCACGAUGACGCCGUUAACUCCGUCGUUGCCAGCGUGGACGGCAUGGUGUACACGGGGUCAGCCGACGGGAGUGUUAAGGUGUGGAAGCGGGAAUCCAACGGGAAGGGCGUAAAGCACGUGUUCGUGCAGACCCUUCUGAGCCAGGACUGCGCCGUUACGGCGUUAGCCGUUAAUAAAUCCGGGUCGGUUCUGUACUGCGGGUCCUCCGACGGGGUGGUGAAUUUCUGGGAACGUGAGAAGCAGUUGACCCACGGUGGGGUCCUCAAAGGGCACAAAUUGGCCGUGCUCUGCCUCACGGCCGCCGGCAACACCGUGUUCAGCGGAUCCGCCGACAAGACGAUUUGUGUGUGGAGGAGAGACGGGUCGGUCCACACGUGCCUCUCCAUCUUGACCGGCCAUAACGGACCGGUUAAAUGUUUGGCCGUGGAAGAAGAUAAACAGUCGACGGAGUCCGAUCAGAAGUGGAUCGUUUACAGUGGGAGCCUCGACAAAUCGGUUAAGGUGUGGAGCGUUUCGGAGAUGUCGUUAGAUUAUCCGCCGCCGCCCCGCAUCCAAGACGCAGCCUGGGACUCCAUUCCAUCCGCCAAGUAUUGAUCACUAAUGUUGUAGUUUGAUCCAUAUAUGAUUUUCAUUUUUGAUUUGAUCACAUGAUGAUCACCUUAUUAAAGGGCGAUGAUGGAAUGUGUUGUACUAUGAUGUUUGUAAAUUAAACUCGUGGCAACCACUUCUCCAUUACUAA